UAAAAAGUCAUUAAAAGUCCUUUACAGUUUUCCUUUAGUAGGUAAAUUAAUAUAAAAACGUAUUAAAUCUGCAUAUUUAUUCAGUUGCUGGGUACGCACCAUGCCAAGGCAUGCAGGCUGCAUGCAGCACUGGGUUCUAUUCGGUCUCUUCUGUGUGAAGGUAGGAAAAGGUGUUUAGUUUCUCAUCUAAUAUUCCUGCAGUCAACUGAGCCCCCAUUUGUUGAAUGACUGCUGUUCCCUAUGGCAUCAAUUAUAAAAGAGGAAGUUAUUGUUCCGUUGCAGGCAACAGUGACACGGGAUUAAAGAGGAAAGUGUGGGGCGUGGGGGGGAGGGUGAGGCAGGCUUUCACUUCACCUGCUCUGGUUUCCAUCCCUGCCGACUGGGUGCAGACACAGGGGAGACAUGACUUCUGGAUCAGUAAAGAGCCUGAUUGUCUGGUAAUGGUGUUGAAAGGAUGUGUUUGUGCCCUGACAGCUCCAGCAGGCCUGAUAGCAUGGCUUGGCUUGUGAAACAAUACCCCCCAAGGACACCCAAUGUUACAUGUUGAAUCUCAACCAAGAGACUGCUGCAAUUAAGAAAUUGUUCUAAUGGUUAAGGAAAAACUGUAACACUAUUCUUUAUCGACGGCAUCAUUCUAGGCAUUGCACUUUUUAACGUAGGGAUAGUGAGAGCCGUUUUGUGUAAAUUACAUUGAAGAAUUAUAGAACAUUUUUUUGUGAGUGUCCAGGUUCUGUAACAGUUACUUAAGAAAUUUAUCCUUGACUUAUCCCUCAACUGCACUGGCCCUAAACCCUGGCAUUUACCUGUUUGCUCCAGGAAGCUAGCUGACACAUGACAGCACGAUGGCAGUGAAACCUGAAGCUAUGGUCUUUGUACAAGCAGCUGAAUCUCAGAGUUGGGGAGGAGGCACAAACUGAGGAGCCCAGAGACAGAAAGGGAAAGCAAGUGACGGGCAGCUGUUCCCUAUGGCUUCAAAUGGGCUGUUGCGUUGAACCUGGAGAGCUUUACGUACAUGUUUUACGUCCAAUUUAGAGUCAGGAACCAUAUGCAAUUUAGGAAAACAUAUCUAAACAUAUACAUGGAUCAAGUUUGCUUCCGAUCCAGGGGGACCACCGUAGCAGGUGCCACACGAAGAGGGAUGCCACGUUGUCCAAGUUGACUUGUGGGUUGUGUGAAGUGGGUUUGGGAUGGCCAAGUGUGCAACUGCUGUGCUAAUUUUUCUGUUUAUGGUCUUGCUGGGGCUGAGCCCAGCUUUAAAUGAAGGGAGAGAAAAAGCAUCCCGGACUGAAGCUGUCCUGAGAGAACUGGUAUCUCUCUGGCGCAAUCGUGGAGGAUGGUAUUCACGCAGUGAACUGCAUCCGUCUGUCAGGGUACGAGAUCAUCAGCUCCACUCUGUGGUAAAAAAUAUUGUUGGAGGCCUAAAGACACUGGGAAUCCUGCCCCGCAAGAGCAUGAAGUUGCCAUCCCUGAGUGAGUCUAUGGACAGGAACCGACUCUCCAGCUUCCUGUACAACAUUUCCACAUACCUACAAGGGGCUGGUGAGUCUAAAGAUAGGCCCCAGUCACCACACCAGGACCAGUUCUGGGAAAAAGUGUUGUAUACUCUUCUGCAGGUUGAUGAAGACAGCGCAUAUGGAUACUGGGAUGAGAAAGUGCAACCAAGGCCGAGUUUCAGACUGCUGGACCUCUUUCUGUCCUUGCGGGGCAGUCCACACUGGAACGGACUGUUGGGACUGGUACAAGCCGUAAUGAGCCUUUUGGAACAGCAGUCCCACAGGUCUUUGCUCAUAUUUCUGUCUCAGAACUGGAAGACCAUCAGUGCCCUGCUGGACGCCACCAUCCAGGCAUUACUUAGUGGAACCUAUGGCCAAGCUAGUGCAGGCAUCCAAGGCUUCAUUUGUGUCCUGAAAGGUCAUGAAGACUGCACCUUCAGUGUGGACUGGCUGCAGCAACUUAUGAGCUUUCUGGAGACACGAAAUUGGAAGCCAGUUGUCAAUCUGCAUCCUGCUAUGGCUGAUGGUGACCAUCCUGGGGGCUCUCCUUCUUUUGGGCGCUUUAAGCCCUUCAGCAUGCUUCCUGGGGCCUUCAAGGAAAACAGUGUGUUUGCUAGUCAGAUGGCCCCGAACCCAGCAGAUCUGGAUUCAGUGCAGGCCCUCCUUCUCCAGGCUCUGUCACGGUCAACUGCAGGCGAGCAAACCGGACGGUUGGUUGAGCCCAACUCUGCCCUCCUGCGGGGGUUAGACGGUCUGAGACGGGGUCUUCUGCAUAGAGUGGGAAGUUCUAUGUAUGGUAGCCUGAGGAAGAAGGUGUCCCGUGUGACUGUGGCACUACUGGAUGAAGUGACCGGCCUGGUGGGCCUGCCCCAAGCAAAUCGCCAUGGGAAGUGUUCUGUGGGUGACCUGAGGCAACUAAUUCUUUGGGGUAUCAGACAUAACCUCACUUGGAAUGCCCAGGCUUUGGGUUUUGGGUCUCAAGGUCCUCCUAGCAGGCCCCACAUUGUGUCAUGUCCUUCCUCUCUGAAGAAGGAAAGCUCCUCCAAACCUUCCAAAGUCCCUUCUCCCCAGAGACGCAGGUUAUCCAAUCCUCAUCUGAGGACGGAAGUGGAGGCAAAACCUGCCUCGCUGGAAAUUCUGGAAGCUGCCUGCAAUGACUCUAUUCCAGGACUCACUGGGGUCUCAAACUUCACUGUUUUCCUCUACUGCAAUCUCUUUGAUGGGAGUGAUGGUGCCUUGGACUCUGAAACAGGUCACAUGGUGCAAGACCUCCAUUCCACGUGUAGCGAUGCAGCCUGGUACCUCUCUGCGGCUGAAGAAGAUUUCCUCUGGGUGCAUGUGUGCAGUGAGUUCUUUGCUCAUGAAUUCAACAACACCGUUUGUGCCAACUCCUCUUUCUGGUUGCAGCGUGCUCACAUGGCUUCACUGACAAAGGAUUACCAUUACCUCAAUCAAUCCAGCAUCGAUGGCCUUUGCAUGCAGCUUUCCAGAAAUGCCACAGGAGGCUCAGUGCUGGAUCCCAGUGAAGACUGUCUGGAACAGCUUGGCGCCAGAUCCCUCAGCGCCCAGGACUUCAGGGAGUGUUUCCUUCCAAACAACUCUGCCUUGAUCGCGUCUCUGUGCGGCAAUGACUCCUCACCUUUGCAUCACGAGGGUGGCUGGGCUGCAGAGUACUGCAUUAAACUCCACAAUUCCUCCACCCUCCUCACCAGGAAUGAGCCCUGUGAUUACAAACACUGGGAGCAACAGCAUUUUGCCAACUCCACAUUACUCCAGCUGUGUACCCACACAGAUGGCCUAAAGGACCACAUCUGUAAGAAUGCCACGCUCUUCCGGCAGCUGGCCACUGCAAACGUCUGGCUGCUGGACUUUUGCAUGGACCCAGAGGCAACGCCGGAAGCUAGCAAGUGCUUCCUUCAGUGGGUGUUUGAUAUGCUGCCCGCACCCUAUGACUUUGACACCUCUCAGCUGUGUGUGAACCCUGCACCCUUCCUGCUGGAGUUACUGUACAGGUUGAGCCAGUGUGAAGGAAGCGUGGAUGAUCGGGUGGGCUGGCUGGGCAUGAUCAGCUACGUGCUGCGUGUGCUGGACUUCGUGGUGGGGCUAUCAGCAGGGCUGGAGGAGGGGGAGGGAGAGGUGCGGCAGGGGCUUGCCCAAGCCAUCCUACUCUCUAGCUUGCUCGAUAACACCUCCUUCUGGGCUACUCUCCGGCCCAAUGCAUCCCUCAGCGUGCUCCACACUGUCAGGGUCUUCCUCAGAAAAGAGCAGGACCCCUCGCUUAAGGAAAAUCUGCUGAGCUGUUUCAGUCCUGUUCUAUGGGAUCUCAUCCAGAGAGAAGGCAACUCCUCUGCCCUCCAAGUCCUGUUCCAGGAGUACCUGCAGAUGCCCCAGGAAAGCAUCCGUACCCUGCUGAUGUCUGCAGAGAAGGAGGCAGUCAAACGGUUCUUGUCUCACAUGCACCAGAGUUGGGGCCAGCUGCAGGUGGAAACUGCUCAGGCAUCACAAAAGGAGCAGCAGGCCAUGGAGACGAUGACCUCGGCAUUCAUCCAUAAGUUUGCUCGUGUCACACCUGACCUCUUCGUCGACCUUUCCCAGUUCAUCCCCUUUAUGUCUGUUUCUGAUAUCAUGACAUUUCCCACCUCCCUAAUGGUCAACGAUAGUGUACUGACGGCAAUCCGUGAUCACAGCUCUGAGAUGAAGUCCCUGCAGAAAAGAGCUUUUAUUAAAAGGCUCCUGCAAUCCAAAAUGGUGGAUGAGGUCCCCUCUUGGCCACCAUAUUUUCUCAGUUCCAUCCUGCCAUUGCUUCCGUAUCUCCCUGUCUGUUACUUCCAGCGCUUAACAUCACAGCAGCUCAGUCCGCUUGUAGAGGUGUUGGGGAACAGUAGCCUGGAUGCCACCAGAGGGCGCCAUGUGCUUCGUACAGUGUUUGGCAAGAAGAACCUCACUAAUGGUGACCUGAGCCGGAUGGGGGCUCUGGUGUGUUACGUGAACCCAGAUGAGCUGCAUCAGCUACUCUUAGCUACCCCACUCUCACAGCCUCUGUGGCAGCAGCUGGCCAUGUGUAUAUCAGAAGGGCAUACCAGUUCCACUAGCCGGCUCUCUCACUGGGUGGCCUUGGCUGUGCGGCCCCUCAAUGUCAGUGCACUACCCUCACCGGCGCUAACCUCGCUGCGUGGCCUACUGCCGCGGCUCGGGGCCUCCUUCCUCCAGCCAUUUGCCACACCGCAGCUCCUGGACGUGCUCACCCAGCCAGGGCUCCCCAGCUAUUCUCCUGCACAGGCUUUCAGAAUUUUAACCAAACUAACACAAGAUUCAAAUCUCAGGCUCGAUACUUUGUGCAGGCUGCAGCCCCUGCUGCCGGGUCUGUCUCCCUCGGUCCUGAAGGCCCUGUCUGGACCCACACUUGGAGAAGACACCCACUGCCAGUGCUGGACCGCCCUGCUGUCAGAGCUGCAGCCCUCCCGAAGGGCUAUACUGCAUAGCAGGUUCCGGGAGGCCUUAGAGCGGAUCUCGGGAAACGUGACCAUGCACCUGCAGUGCCUGCUGCCCUUUGUCCCCCUGAAGAAGCUGAGGGCAAUACUGGAUGGUGUAGAAGUCCUGAAACACGUUGCUAUCUUGAAGAACCUGCCUUGGUCCUCUCAGCAGGCUCAAUUACUUUACAAGAAGGUUCUUCUAACUGAAAACAUCACAAGAGAAUCCAUAAAAACCCUGGGCCAUAUUGCUGCUGGUGCAAGUUGUGAUUCUCUCAGACUCUUGUCUAACAAGUCUGACUUCUCUGAGGUGCUGCAGUGGCUCAGUGAGCUUCCUGGAGGGGUGACUCCAGCUUUGCGAAAAUGUGUUGUGGAGGAGCUGCAGAAAAAGCCUCAGAUGGACUUAAAUCUUCUGUCUCCAUCAUUCUCUGCAGGACUUCCGGUGAAGAUGGUUGAGAGACUGUCCAACACGUCAUUCAUAUCAGUACUGGACUACAUCCAGCAGAAUAUCAUUGACUUCCUGCAACUGCCACGGCACAAGCAGGAGGCCUUGACAGAAAAAGCUGUUUCCAUUUUGGGAGUGUCCCAGGAAGAAAGUAUUUCAGGGUCCACCCUGGACCUUUUGGGCCCUCUCAUGCCCUUUCUUGGUCGGAACACCUUUAGGCAGGUUGGAAGGGAGGCACUAAAACUGCGGCUAGAUGAGGUGAAGGGCUUCUGUUUGCCUCGGGGCACUAUGGAAGAGAUGGGCAGGAUCCUAAUGGAGAAAGAUCUGCUGGGAGAGCCUGCAUCUUGGACUGUUGAGGAUGUUGAACAUGCAGGCAGGCUGGUGUUUGCACUCCCAUCCGGGCAGAUUGGAUCAAUUCCCCUGGAUGUACUGAGUACAGACGUGGUGGAGCAGGUCCUAGAAAGCCAGCACCGUUGGGAAGACAGUGAGGUGGGACGGACCUGUGAGCACCUCACUGGACUCAUGAAGAAGAAGGAGAACUUCGUCCAGGGCAUUGUGAGGGGGAGGGGUAGGAGGAGAAAAGAACCCACCCCAAGCUGUGCAGAUGUAAAGGGGACAUUCCCUUCAGCCUGGAGAGCAGCACAGCUGGGCCGGAUGGCGGAAACUGAGCUGGGCCUUUGUGUAGAAGAUCUGGGUCUGGAUGAAUCCCUCAGCUCUGAGCAGCGCCAAGCCAUUUGGUCACGACUGAGGCAGGCCUAUGGUCCAGUGAAAAGCAUGACCCCUGAGAGGAUCCUGGAGCUGGGCUGUAUCGUGACUGAGAUGAGUGAGCGAGAGCUUCAUGACACCAAUUUGGCCAACCUGGGGAUAGUGGCUCACAUGGGCUCUUUGAAGGGUUGGAGGCCAAAGAAGAUGAGAGCUGCCAUGUUAAGCUUCCUGCGUCACAGUGGCCUGAAGCUGGAGGAACUAGGAGAAACUGAGAUAGCAUCUCUUGGUCAUCUCCUCUGUGGCCUCAGCCCCGCUGAAAUCACCCGGUUGGACCCCAAUAAGCUCAGCCUGGCAGCCCUGUUCCUGCGAGAAUUAUCGUUACCAUGUACAGAGCAACAAAGUGAAGCCCUGGCCUCUGUGCUGUCCCAGUCCCAGGCCUUUGGACCUGUCAGUGACUGGGGCUCCCAGGUGUUCGCUGAGAUCGGCACUCUGGCAGUGGGAUUGCCUGACAUUGUGAUGUCCUCACUGGUGAGAGAGCAGGUAGAGGGACUGACCCCAGUGGCCAUCGCUCAGAUCCCCCCCAGAAAGUUGGCUGUGGUGUUCAGUGUGACACAGCUCUCCUGGCUGACAGCCGAGCAGGCAUCCGUGGUAACCGAGGAGCAAUGGGAUGAGCUGAGCAGCGAGCAGAAGCGGGCCCUGUCCCUAGCGCUCUAUGAAGGGGAGGUCCUGCUGGAGCACAGAGGGAGAAACUGGGCCCCCCUGGGAUGGUCAGCCAAUUGCCUUAUUGUGUGGUUACUGUGUUUGUCCUGUAUGUUAUAAAAUACAUUUA